AUGCUCGGCGACGCGAAGCUGAACUCUCUAGACACGCGUCUAGAGCAGUUCAAGCUCAGCAAUGCCAAUAGUCAGCAGGAACUCCAGACACUUCUCAAAGAAUACAGCCAACUACUAGAAGACUAUAAAGCGCUGAAGAGUUAUAAACUUCCUGAGCAACCAAAGGCAAAUAGCGUAUCGAGCGCUUCCACACCGGUAAUCGAGAAACCCCGCAAUCCUUACGUUCUUGUCCUUGUUGACGGCAAUGGAUACGUCGUAAGUGCCCCUGAUCCCCAUUUCACGUCUAUCGGCCUAAUUGAUCUGCAGUUCAACGAUGAGCUUGUCAAGGAUAAGGAGGAGGGUGGGAUGCGUGCAGCACGCAUGCUGAACGAGGUCGUCGAAAAGUUUCUCCGGGAGCAUCCGCAGGCCAAAGAUUCGCGUGUAGUGGUUCGCAUUUAUGCUGAUGUCACGAAUUUGUCGAAGCAGCUUGCGAAAACGAAGUUGAUUGGGCUGGAGAAGAGGAGUAUAAUGCCCUUCGCAGCUGGUUUCACGAGGGCGAUGGGCCAUUUUGACUUCGUGGAUGCACUCGAUGAGGAGGGUACGAGAUUUAAGAUCAGAGAAACUUUCAAAGCAGCCGCAGAGGACACCGCUUGCAAUCAUAUACUCUUCGCGGCUUGCCAUGGUAAGUCAUACUUGGGAGACGUCUCAGUCUGCCGUUCUGUUCCUGGCACUGAUUCCUUCGUCUUGCCGAGUCAUUCUUAG